AUGUUCUGCUGUUUAGAUGCCCAACCUACAGAAUCUGAAAAGGAAAUUUAUAAUCAGGUGAAUGUAGUGUUAAAGGAUGCAGAAGGAAUACUGGAAGACUUGCAGUCAUAUAGAGGAGCUGGCCAUGAAAUACGAGAGGCAAUACAGCAUCCCAAUGAUGAGAAGCUGCAAGAGAAGGCAUGGGGUGCAGUUGUUCCACUAGUAGGCAAACUAAAGAAAUUCUAUGAAUUUUCUCAAAGACUAGAGGCAGGAUUACGAGGUCUGUUGGGAGCCCUGACAAGCACUCCAUAUUCACCAACGCAACACCUGGAGCGAGAGCAGGCUCUUGCUAAGCAGUUUGCAGAAAUUCUUCACUUCACGCUCCGGUUUGAUGAGCUCAAGAUGACAAAUCCUGCUAUACAGAAUGACUUCAGCUACUACAGAAGAACUCUGAGCCGUAUGAGGAUUAACAAUGUCCCAGCAGAGGGAGAAAAUGAAGUAAAUAACGAGUUGGCAAACAGAAUGUCUUUAUUUUACGCUGAAGCAACGCCAAUGUUGAAAACCUUAAGUGAUGCUACAACAAAGUUUGUGUCAGAGAAUAAAAAUUUACCAAUAGAGAAUACUACAGAUUGCUUAAGCACCAUGGCUAGUGUGUGCAGGGUCAUGCUGGAAACCCCUGAAUAUAGAAGCAGGUUUACAAAUGAGGAAACAGUAUCAUUCUGUCUGAGGGUAAUGGUGGGUGUCAUCAUACUCUAUGACCAUGUGCAUCCGGUGGGUGCUUUUGCCAAAACUUCAAAAAUUGAU